AAAAAUAGAAAUAAAAACAGCUUAGUGUGCGUUGGUAAAUUAAAAGAGAUGGGCAUUCCCAAUACUGUAACCGACGAUUUUGUUUCCUCCGUCACCCAAUCAAUGGCGUAAAAGUGGAAUUUGUACUCUUCUUCUUCUCCUUCUUCCCACUUCAUGCAGAUUCUGAACCUUUUUUUUUUGUUUUUCUAYCCAUUUUCUUCUGAAAAUCCUCUCUCUGCGUUGAAUUUCAUCAUGGGUUUUGGUUUUCCUUCACUCCAAUGAUCCGCCAUUGCUUCGCUUCAGAUUCCGCCGACACCCACAGCCCAAAAUGGAGAAGAAGCUGAUCAGAACCCACUGCUCCACCGAUCUCUGCUUCGCCAUCUUCAUUUCCUUCGCCUUGAUCUCCAUUUUCCUCUCUUUUGAUUACUCCACCUUCCGCUCCYYCAACAAUGGCGCCAUCGCUUCAUCUCUUAACCCUACCCUCUUCAAAYUCCCCGCCGAUCGUUGCUCCGGCCGCUACGUGUUCAUCCAGAACAUUCCGAGCAGAUUCAACUCCGAUUUGACCGRAAACUGCCGCUCUCUCACUCGAGGAACCGACAAACCUGAUAUGUGUCCGUAUCUGGCGAACGCCGGCCUCGGGCCUGGAAUYGGAGAUUCUCCAGGGGUUUUCUCCGGYAAUAGUUGGUUCAAGACGAAUCAAUUUCUGYUGGAAGUGAUUUUCCACAACAAUAUGAAGCAGUACGAGUGCUUGACGAACGAUUCGGCCAUGGCGUCGGCUGUUUAUGUACCGUUCUACGCCGGCCUCGAUAUCAGCCAUUACCUUUGGAAUCCGAGCAUCUCGGUGAGGGAUUCUUCGGCUAGGGAUUUCCUGAGUUUGAUUUCUACGAAAUCGGAGUGGAAGAGGAUGUUUGGGAGGGAUCAUUUCUUCGUCGCCGGGAGAAUUUCUUGGGAUUUCCGGAGGAAAACCGAUGAGGUUUCCGAUUGGGGAAGCAAAUUGAGAUUCCUGCCGGAAUCUCACAAUAUGACGAUGCUGUCCGUGGAAGGAAGUUCUUGGAAGAACGACUUCGCGAUUCCGUAUCCGACGUAUUUCCAUCCUUCGAAUCGCAGCGAAGUUGUUGAAUGGCAGAGACUCAUGAGAGCCAAACGGCGCCGCCAUUUGUUCACCUUCGCCGGCGCUCCACGGCCGGAGCUUAGAGACUCCAUUCGCGGCCUGGUAAUCGAUCAGUGCAGAGGUUCAUCUCUCUGCAAAUUCAUCGAUUGCAGUUCCGAUGGGGUUAAUUGCGACGAUCCAGUUACCACGAUGAAGGAGUUUCAGAGCUCGAUCUUCUGCUUGCAACCUCCAGGAGAUUCAUACACCAGAAGAUCCAUAUUCGAUUCGAUUUUAGCUGGGUGCAUUCCAGUUUUAUUUCAUCCAGGUACUGCUUAUUCCCAAUAUUUAUGGCAUUUUCCCGAGAACCAAACAGCUUAUUCUGUGUAUAUACCCGUGAGGGAUGUGAACAACUGGAACGAGAGCAUAGAAGGGGUUUUGAAAGGGAUUCCCAAGAACAGAGAAUCCGCCAUGAGAGAGGAGGUCAUAGGACUCAUUCCAAGGAUUGUUUAUGCAGAUCCCAGAUCAAGAAUGAGGGAUUUUGAAGAUGCAUUUGAUUUAGCAGUUAAAGGGAUUCUUGAGAGAGUAGAAGAUGUUAGAAGGAAGAUGAGGGAGGGAAGAGAUCCUGGUGUAGGAUUUGAUGAUCCUGAUGAUUAUAAGUAUACAUUUUCCCGGAAAAUCUGAGAGAGAAAAUGUUGCAGAUUUUUCCAACUGCAAUCAAGAACAAUGGAAAUAAACGAGGAUUUGGCUAUUGGAUCAGCGCCAUUGAUUGCUGCUAGAAAAUGCUUUACAAAGUAAGAGUCUUGUACAUAAAUCCUCCUCCCAUUGGCUAUUCUUUGGCCUUUUUUAAUUGAGAUUACAUCGAUGAUAGAACUGCUGCAUUUUUUAUGGGUAUACGAAGAAUUACAACUUUGUGCUGUGGAAGUACCUUUUUUGUGUAUUUUUUUUUUCUUUUUUUACCACAAGUGACGGGUGAGAAUUGGAAAUCACGACUUUUUGGUCGAAUAUGCUUUAACCGUUGAGCUAAGCAUUAGGUUUGGUGUUUUUCUUUUCUUUUUUGUAUUCCUGAGUUAUGAAUGUUCAAAAGAUGCUAUACCUCAAAAUUAAUAAUAUGGUAGUUAUAUCUACAUUUGUUUU